GCUAGUCUAAGCUGUUAACAUUUGGACCUCUGGGGUGGCAAAGGAAAGCCAGACUCAAACUGCUGAAACUCUUUGAAUUGAACAGAGCCAAACAGUUGUGCUGCUUUACAGAAUGAAACACACCCCGUGCACAUUCUUGGUGAUCCUGCUGUCCAUCAUUGAUGAUUGCUUGGCACAGCCUUCAUGUGUAGUAGAGUCUUUCUCUGUGAAGGAAAAUUUUGACCCCAAGAAGUAUGAAGGUAAAUGGUAUGCUCUGGCCAAGAAAGACCCAGAAGGUAUCUUUCUACAAGAUAACAUCUCAGCCGAGUACACGAUUGAGGACGAUGGCACUAUGAUUGCAACUUCCAAAGGCAGAAUGAAACUUUUUGGAUUCUGGAUGAUCUGUGCAGACAUGGCAGCCCAAUACUCAGUGCCUGACCCCAGCACACCAGCAAAAAUGUUCAUGAAUUAUCAAGGCUUGGCCAGUUAUUUGUCCAGCGGAGGAGACAACUACUGGGUGAUUGACACAGACUACAACAACUAUGCCAUCACUUAUGCCUGCCGGACUCUGAAAGAGGAUGGAUCCUGUGAUGACGGCUAUUCCAUUAUUUUCUCCCGCAAUCCUCGGGGUCUUCCCCCAGCCAUUCAGCGCAUUGUGCUUCAAAAGCAGGAAGAAAUCUGCAUGUCGGGCCAGUUCCAGCCAGUGCUACAAUCAGGUAAGUCAAAAUACUGA